UCUUCUUGUGUAUCGACGUUGCCUGAGUAGGGGGAACGACGAGCAAGGGAUCUUGCUAGUCCCCGAUGGUAGAGGAAUGGGCGGUGGUAGGGAGCUAGGGGACGAGAGGGGAAGAGAGUUCCUGAGUCUCGCGAUAACGCAGGCCUAUGCCGUCUAAUUAUUCGUAUUUAUCCGCAGAGGGACGAGAGAAGGAGAGCGGACGUGGAACGGGACGGCACGACCGACGUUCGCGAUACGACGACGGCGCAGUGCAGGACGACAGUAGGAGCGAGGAAAGAAUGGCCGGUCGUCUUCUUCGGGGCACGCCAGUCAGGAUGCUCGCCGUCUGCCUGGUCUAUCUUUUCACGCUCCUCGGUUCGUACUGUCAGAUGGCACCAGCCGUAGCCGGUGCCACCAGAGGCUGGGAAACGGGAAGAGGUCACAAGUAUAGAUUAACGAAUACUCUGAUCUUCAGAGAGGCCGGAUCACCGAAAUCCGGAGGUGACGUCGGCUUUCGGCUGACCGGCGAGCUGGACAUCACCGUUGUAUGGCAAGAUUCCAGUGAUCCCAAUAGCUUUCUACUUAAAUUCAAGCUGUUAUCGCCGCAGUUAUGGAUCAAAUCCCGCCGAGCUCCGGAGCCGGAGGGCUUCGUGGAGCAUUCGUCCAGGGUGGAGCAGAUCGCCGAGAAGCCCUUCUUCGUGCUCUGGCGAUACGGCGAUGUCGAGGCUAUUUACAUAGACUCGACCGAGACCUCAUCGUCUGCAAAUCUGAAACGCGGUCUAGCAAGUAUCUUUCAAUAUCGAACGCUCGACGACGAGAUGCGUCAACGUGACGCUUCGGGUAUCUGCAAUGUAAUCUAUAUGUCCGUCGGAGAGAACAUCAUCAAGAAACGAAAAACUGCUUGUACGUACGAUACAUUACCGCCGCCUAGGCGACACCCGAAUCCGCUCUUCGCCGUCAAACUCGAAAGUUAUCGCAAUUCCACGUACGUGCUGACGCAAUCGCUGCUGCCGGAGCACGUGGUCGACCAUGAGGCGCAUAGGAUGACAUUGGCGUCCAAGCUGGACAUCGGCACGAACGUUGUAUCGGAAAGAAUACUGGAACAGGCGCCGGAAAUUCUGAGCGCGAGUGUUAUUGAAGCGGAUUCCGCAAAACAUGCCGUGAUGAUCCUCGAACCCGGAUACAGAGAGAUCAGUAUCGAGCUACAACCAGAAUCCGUCACGUGUCCUGACACCGGAUGUCCCACGAUCGACCAGACGAUCGAGGAAUAUCGCGAGGCGCUUACUUCUUCCGCGCUGGGUACAGCGAAAUCCGCAUCGGCCUUCCUCAAGCUUCUUCCUCUAGUCAGAAACGCCUUACCUGAAGAACUGCACAAGAUCUUGAAAAUGCCGCGCUAUCGCCAGAUGAAGAUGCAACUGUUGGAUGUAUUCGGUUCCGCGUCUACGUUGCCUGCUCAUCAAGCGGCUAUGAAGAUCCUUCGGCAGGACGAGAUCGGUGACGAGACCGAGAGGUAUCUAUGGGCUCUAUCUCUCUCACCGACGCCGAAUGCCGAUGUCACCAAGGACAUUCUUAGACGCUCCGAGGAGACGAUGCAGAACGACAAGGUAUCCGAGACCUAUGCGCUUGCUGCGGGCGCGAUGGCGCGGCAUUAUGGCUCACCUGCGCUGAUAGAGAAGGCGAGGAUUAGUUUGGAACUGGGUCUGGAUACUUGCAGCGGUGAAGAGUGCAAGCUCAAGUUUCUGCGGGCUCUACGAAACCUGAAGAGUCCAGCGGCAAUUCCCACGUUAUUGUCGCACGCGCUAAGCAACAGUAAAGCCAUCAGCGUCGUCGCUUGGCGAGCUCUGGCCNCUCUUCCUCGCGAAGCUGUGACCGAUGAGUUGAAGGCCGCGGCUUAUAAGAUUUUCUAUCAGACCGGAGGACCGCGAAGGGAUAGCAGUGCGCGAACGCUCGCGUUAGAUAUCAUCCUUGAGAGCGAGCCUUCCGCAGAAAUCCUGCGUGAUCUCGUUAAAUAUUUAAGCAGCAACGAUCCGGCCUAUGAAGUCCGUAAGUACCUGAGUCAACGAUUGGAGCAAAUCGCCGAGAAGAACGAACAAUUCGCCAGAUACCUAAGGAAUAUAUAUGCGACCGGUGGUACGACGGUUAACAAUUAUCACGUACGAGCACAGAGGGGCCUCAGUACCGCCUUUACGAGGAACUUUUUGCGUUCGCCCGAGAGCAACGGCUCCUUGGUGACUAUUCAAGAGGUAAAUUCCGGUCUGCUGAAGCGCGGCAUUGUAGACGUCGUGCUGGAGACUAACAAAGAACGGCAAACGAUGUUCUCGCUGGGAUUAUUCGCGGGUGGUCUCGGCAGCUUCGUCUCGAGCCAGGACGAUGGAGCGGAAGCCGACGAUGAAGUGGCUACUGCCGGUAUGGAAAUAGAUUUUCUCGGUGUCGGCGUGCGGCCGUUCGUCUUCUUUUCUGGCCAGGGCGAGCUGAUGGGCCACGUCUGGUCCGGCACGGCGUCCGAGAGGACCCCUGCUUUCCAGGCUCUUGCUUCCCUUUAUAAUCACAACCAGUACGUGCCAUUGGGAUCCGGUUUUGUCGUCGAGAUCGACGUUCAGGGCGCCGUGAGCUUUGACCUGGCUGGCCAGAUCCAGCUAAGUCUCUGGUCGAGAAAUGCACGGUCCUUGGUAGAAAUGAAUGCUGGUGUGAUGAUCCACGGUGGCACCAAGGUGCACUCGAGUUUCGUGCAGAGUAAAGCGGAGUUCUCGAUGGCGAUGGAACCCAAGCUCGAACUGUCCACCGACGUAGACUUUUCUGGGCCGGUGUCAUUGUGUAUGAGGCUCAGCCAGCCGGUCACCACGGUGAAGCAGCAGGUUUACAAGAUCGAGAGAAUACCUGGCAGCCGGCACAGAUUGAGGAAAACACGCCGGACAAAGAUUCAUUCGCCCGGCAGGUCUUACAAGCUCAACCAAAAGAACGAUGAAAUGUGUGCGAAAUUCGCGUUCAGUUAACGGCACCUUAAAGAUUGCUCAGUAACUUUUUUAGAUAUUAGGUGCGAUAUAAAACUUUUUUUACCAUUGUGAAUCUCUAUAGUGUAAGGAUAGUGCAAAUAUUUGAGUACGAUAAUAUGGCAGCGUUUAUAUAUAUGAAAUCGAUGGACAGUUGGAUUAUGGAUCAAUAGAUAACGUUACACUUGGGCCUCAAUAUAAUACUCUAAGUUAAUUGAAGUUACUCGAAAAUGCAUUCAUCGAUAGAGGGAAGAAAUUAAUAUUGCCAUAAUAAUUUUAGAACAAGGAAUUGGAAUCUCUGCAAAUUUUUGCAAUAUUUAUUUUCUACUUGAUAUGAUUAUCAUGAAGAAAUAAUGAUAAUUUCAUCAAGAUCUCGUUCUAUGUGUGUGAUUACUUUAAAAUAUAACUUAUCUCUUUCAUUCAUUAUCCCUAUUACUUCACAUUCUCUUAUUUUUGUUAACAUUACGUACAAUGAAGACAUAGCGCAUUUAUUCUCUUCAAGAUCUAUUAUAUCGAGGCUCAACUGUAUUUAUAUUUUAUAUUUUGUACACUCAUUUCUACGACGUAAGCGUUUCGCUGUUAAUAAAAAAG